CAGCUUCCUGCGCCGUGUCUUCUUGACAGCCAUUAUCUGUCUGCCUACACCUGCCCUUCUGGUCACUUAGAAUGGCGACAACAGAGACUCCUUUCCUGCUUUCUGUGCCUGAAGUGGACAUCGAACUAUUGCGUCAAAAGCUCGAGACAACCCGCUUCCCUGACGAACUGGAGGAUGCAGGCUGGAAUUAUGGAGUACCACUCGCACACGUCAAACGGCUCGUGGCCCGCUGGAAGGACGAGUUCGAUUGGCGCAAAUCUGAAGCCGAGAUCAACAAAAUUCCGCAAUACACCCGCGACAUUGACGUAGAAGGAUUCGGCACCUUGAAUAUCCACUACGUACACCAGCGCAGUCGGCUCGACAGCGCCAUCCCGCUCUUGUUCAUCCAUGGCUGGCCUGGGCACUUUUUGGAGGUCAGAAGGAUACUCCCGUUGUUGACAUCCGACACUCCGGAUCAGCCCAGUUUCCACGUCGUCGCCCUAAGUCUUCCUGGUUUCGGGUUCUCUGAGGCCCCGACGAAGCAAGGGUUUGCUGCGCGCCAGUAUGCUGAGGUGGCAAACAAGCUCAUGAUCAGCCUCGGUUACAACGAAUACGUUGUCCAAGGAGGAGAUUGGGGCCAUUACAUCGCUGGCUACUUAGCUACCUUCUACGCCCACACUCACGUCAAAGACUGGCUCUCUAACUACACAAACGCACAGCCGCCUUCUUUUGGGACGUUCCCUUGGCUCUACCUCACGCACCUGAUUACUCCAUACACCGCGCGAGAGAAGCGAGGUCUACAACUUACUGCAGGUUUCAGACAGCAGGGCAGCGGCUACUCUCACGAACAGGCUACGCGGCCACAGACCAUUGGCUACUCCCUUGCUGACUCGCCUGUUGGUCUCCUGGCGUGGAUUUACGAGAAACUAGUUACGUGGACCGACGCUUACCCUUGGGAGGAUGAUGAAGUCCUCGAAUGGGUAUCUAUUUAUUGGUUCUCCCGUGCCGGGCCUGCGGCCUCCGUCAGAAUAUACAAGGAGAUGACUGACGGCUUCAGACGGCCGGCCGUGGUGGGCGUUCAGUGGACGUCUAUUCCUUUCGGGUAUUCGGCCUUCCCGAAGGAGCUGAACCAGGUCCCGAGAAAGUGGCUUCAAACCCUGGGCAAUCUGGUGUUCGAGUCGGUCCACUCGCAUGGAGGGCACUUUGCGGCGCACGAGGAGCCCGAGGAGCUUGUGAGGGAUAUCAGGAACAUGUUUGGGAAGGGAAGGCCUGCGGCUGGAGUAGUUCCAGGAAAGAACGGUUAUGCGUGAAUGCUUGUAGCGGGUUACGCACAUUACGCAGCGUGUUCGGAACAUCCAUUUUGUGCUACAUAGAUUGAAA